UUCACGACGCCACGGCCGAAGUCGUCGUUGUCGUCAUCGUAUCCGUCGCGCUCGCCGUUGUUAACUUGUAUAUUGUUAGUGAUCGUCGGCACGUUGCCGCAAUCGCGUACACCCCGCUGGUUGGUCGCCGUUCGAAUCGCGGGGGCUCGUAACAAUAGUCGGCGACGUGGAUUCAUUUUUAAAUUCGAUCGAAGCUGCGUGAAAAGAAUUUAAAAAAAAAAAAAAAAAAUAGAAAGAAAGAGGUCAUCAUCGUCGUGACUUUUUCGAAAGCCAAUGACAAUAAUUGUCGACGAUACGUGGCGAUGGGACAUCUACGCAUCGUCGCCGCAUUAAACUGCCGGUUCGCGUUUAUGCCGCGUAAACGUGCUCGUGUAAUACGUUCGUCGUACAGUGAUCGUGCGAUCCACUGUAUAAGUGUGGAGCGAGAAAGACGUCGCAACGGUAGAUUAGAGUGAAAAAGGAAAAUUGUAAGUUAAAGACAGAGAGAGAGAGAGAGGGAGGUGGUGUGUAGUCAAGUGUCGCGUUGUGUGCAUAGAGCACCGAGGAUCUCGAGGAAGUAGGGGUAGAGGUGUAUAAGCAAGGGGUACGAAGUAGUUGACGAUCGGCCACGACGAUGAAGGAGAAGAGGUAGAAAGAGAAAGAAAGAGAGUGGGAAGUACAGCGGAGGGGAGACACGUCAGAGUGUGUGCGGUCGUGUCGAAGAAAGAGGUGGAGAAGCGAAUAGGAAGGGGAGAGAGGGUAGCGAACAAACUACCGGGAAGAAGUCAGCGGCAAGUAAAGCAGCGCCGCCGAGGCUAAACUUCGGGAUCUAUCGAACUAAAAUUGUCGUGUAGUUUCUGCCUCCUCUUCUCGCCCCUCCUAACGCAACCUACCUCUCCCUUGACCCCACCAGAACCAACACGGUGGCAACGGCAGCAUCUCGGCCGGUUGCGCCCCCUCUGGCUCGAGCACCCAUCCCCUCCACGAAACGAAAGUCGAACGAAGAGGGAAGAAAAGCGUUGACGGUGGGGCGUCACGAGGGACGAGGAGCGUGUACGAUGGAGGGAGAAGAAGAGAUCGGAAGGUAUUGUGAAAGAGAGAGACGUUGAAACAGAAAGAGGAAAAGGAGAGAAAGAGAGAGAGAAGGAACGCGAGAGCGAAAGCGAGAGGGGGUAAGCAGGGAGCGCGUUAGCUGGCCCCACGGGCGACUCACCAUAUUUUAUUGUCGCGUUUGCCGACGCUAACCGCCGGCGUACGGCUCCGUGGCCGAUCUACGAAGAUGCCGACCUGACUACUCGCCGAGAGAAGAGAACUACACAGAGAACACUCGGCCUACUAGCAGAGUGCGGUAGAGGAAUUCGCGUGGCUACGAGGUGCCGGUAGUGGCAUCAUCAGCCACCAACAGAGGUGGCACCCAGCUCCCCCACCACACCACGCGCUCUGCCAGCCUGGACCCUCCCACCCGUCUCAACGAGGGCAAACCAUCUCGCAAAAAUCGUCCCCCUUUCCAUGGAAGGAAAAGAACUACGGCGACGACUCUGCCACCACCACUGUCGAGCCGACCGUUUCUCGUCGUCACUACCACCACCACCGUCGGCACACUACCAUCGUUAUCGCCAGCGCCACCGUCACCGUCACUGUACCGCCGCCUCCUCCUACACCGCGAUCAACCGUCAUCUCGCGGAACGAGGAUACCAGAACUUACGGAUUUCGAUCGGCUUCUACGCUCCUUCGAGGAAGCCGCUACUACCAACAGCUUCUUAUCGACAGCAUCCAACGUCCCUCGCCUUCGUGUUCCGCGAUCGUCGAACCGAUUGAAAUUUCGAUUUCGAUGUCAGUGACGACGAUUUAUAAAAGUGCGCGUGUGAAUUGUACCGGAGGAACAACAAGCGAUUACACCUAAUCUUGCCACGGGCGCAAGCAAAAAAAAAAGAAAAAAAAGAAGUUUCCGCCAAGUUGGAACAAAGAGGGACCGAGCGGUGGUCGCAUGGGCACGCGGCUCUCCUUCUUCGGUACCCCCCUCUAAAUACCAGUGAGAACGUGUAUGCAUACAUGUGGACGCACACGCGCGCGAAUCACACGCAGAGGACGAAGACAGAAGUGCCGAGAGGGGUUAUGCACGUGUGAACCGAGCCAGUUUGUAGUUAGUUGUUUAGAGUGCGCACCACUUGGUGUAGUGUUACCUUACAACUCGUCGUGAGUCAAGAAAAUCGUGAUCGAAUCAAACUCCUCAUUUACGAGAAAAAAAAAAGUAAAAAAGGAACACAAGAUAAAUACGGGUUAUAGGAUUUUGUGAUUACACCGGGCGCGAACCAGUCCGCAGUGUUGAAGGAUUCUACGGAUCGAGGCGAAAAAAAAAAAAAAAGAAAAAAAGAAGAAGAAGAACGGUGUGCGCGAACAAGUCGAUCCUCGCCUUUCCUUUUUCACAAACGUCUCUCCUCCGUCACCAUCGCUCGAGUUCUCGACCUACCACUCUCUCCCUCUCUAUCUCUCGUUUCACCGGCUGUCCGUCCCUCUAGCGCUUCCUCUCGCUCGCUCCUCCCUCUCUUCUCUCUCGCUUUCUCAUUUCCUCUUUCUCUCUCUCCCUCUGCAUCGUGCUUUCUUCGUCGCACCAGCCGCUUACGUACCUCCGCCUUCCUAUCCGCCAAGCGGAGGACUGGAUUCCGUCGAAAAGAAACGACGAUUCGGAGGAUAGUCGCGACCGAUCAUAGCUGGCGCGUCGAUCGGAUCAACGGCGUGUGCAAGUUGGUCACACGAAAUCGUCAUCCACCGGCUGCUAUGGUACCACGCAUUACCGUGUGACUAAACGUGUUUUUCUCAAGCCUUUACCGUGUAAUUAGUUAAUAGGCAUCACGCCGCACUCGACGUCGUCCGAUCCACCUGGACAAAACGAUCAUCGCCUUUCGACCGAUACCAAGUAGUGAAACCAGUGUGCAAACUCUAUUCCGUUGACUUACGGUUGUCAGCGCGGUGUGCCAGCCGUGAAAGACGAGUCCUCCACGAAACCGACAGUGUCGUCCGCACCGGGUGGCUGCGUCGCGUUGCCUUGUGGUCUGGAGAUCGGUAAACUGCUCCCUCUCGCUUUUGUGCCUACGAGUCUGUGACAGUGCGACGAGUGUAUACCAACUGGAGAAGAAGACCUUCUUCAGGGUCGAGUACGAUCGAGUACUAGACGGUGCAAUAAAACGCGCGCGACAGUGAAAGAUAUCCCUACGGUUCUUUCUUUUUUUUUUUCAUCUUCUUUUCCAUCUUCUUUCGUCCAUCGUUUGUGACUCGGUCGAUCAUCGGCCAACGCGAUUUAUUGCCAGUGAAACGAUACCGAGGAAAGAGAGGUAGUGUUCUUUCGUACAUACUUGUUCCAUCGAGUGACUUGGUGAAACCGAAACACAACACAGAUGUCACGGUAUGAAAGGAUGAACGCGUAGCGGCGCUCGACUAUCACGGCCCUGAGUGGCCGACACAUCAUGUCACAGUUCUCUUUUCGAGGAUCGCCAAAUCUACAGCGUAACCUAACGUGAAAACGCCUCGACCUGGUGUUGCAGUGUCCUGUGACAGCGAGCUCGUCGUUGACGUCCUCAUCGGCCUCGCCGGUGUCCGGUGCGAUCCUGAGCGCAGCCGGUUCGUCGUUGGUCAGCGUAGCUGCCACCACCACGAAUCAUCCCCUCGGGGUAGCUGCCGGUCUGUCGAACGCGAGGAUGGCGGUGACCAGCGCGGUGGUUAGGCCACCAGGAAGUCCUACCACCUCGGUCAGCCCGUCUCAGGGUCAUCCGCCGCCGACGACCGGCGGCCCGACGCCGACCGGAAGGUGUUGCGACACUGGAAGACCGAUCUUCACCGAUCCUUUGACCGGUCAGACCGUCUGUUCUUGUCAGUACGACCUUCUAGGCGGUUACCAACGACUCGGAGGUUUACCGACGGCAGCAUUGUCCAUGUACAGCGCACCUUACGCGGCUGCGGCCGCGGCCGCGGCUUCCGAAGGGAUGGCCGCCUACUUUCCGAGCCUAGGUGCCGAACAAGCGCCCUUCUACACGCCCACGGCUGCUGGCCUCGAUCUGAAGGAAAAUCUUGGCGCAGGAGCCGCGGCAGCAUGGCCUUAUCCAUCCGUCUACCAUCCGUACGAUGCCGCUUUUGCCAGCUAUCCCUUCAACGGUUACGGCAUGGAUCUGAACGGCGCGAGACGGAAAAACGCGACGCGAGAGACGACGAGCACCCUGAAGGCUUGGCUGAACGAGCACAAGAAGAAUCCUUACCCAACGAAAGGCGAGAAGAUCAUGCUGGCCAUCAUCACGAAGAUGACUCUGACGCAGGUGUCCACGUGGUUCGCGAACGCGCGGAGGCGUCUCAAGAAAGAGAACAAGAUGACGUGGGAGCCGAGGAAUAGGGUCGAGGACGAGGACAACAACAACGAAGACGACGACAGCGGGAGAAAGAGCGUCGAUGAGAAAGAUCGACUAGACUCGAAAGAUUCGGGCACUGGAUCGAGCGAGGACGGAGAACGACCGGCGCACCGGAUGGACCUUUUGCACAGUACCAGCGGAGGGUCGACCGGGGUGCAGGGUAGGACCGAGAGCGAAUGGAGCGAGUCGCGGGCCGACAGUGGGCCAGACAGUCCAGAGUGUCUGUACGACCAGAGGGAGCCAAGGCAUCCGUUGCAACUUCAGCAUCCGGCCUACCUGGCGUCCGCUCAUGGUCGACUCCUGCGUCAUCCGUCGCCGGAGAGCACCCCACCGAGUAGUCAUCAUCUUCCACCGAGCACCACCGCCUCCUCGACCGGCAGCGGAGUCACCACGAAGCCCAGGAUUUGGUCGUUGGCCGACAUGGCGAGCAAGGAUUGCGAUCAGCCGAGUCCCAAUCCGACGACGAUGACCGGUCUCUCGUCUCCGUACAGCGGAAGCGGCGGGGGCGGUGGUGGAGUGGCCGGUGGAGGCGGAAAACUGGUGAGCCCUUUGGCCAGUCGUUUACCACCUCAUCAUCCUCUUCAUCCGGCGAUGCACUCGGGUACCCAGUUCGUACGGCCGCAUCCGGAUUUCUACCGGAACCUUUACGGUGCCUCUCACCUAGGAUCCGGUGACAUGUCCUUGUUGGAGACUUACUCGAGGACCCUGGGCGGUUUGAGCGGCGUGAUGCCACCCUCCACGGCUCCCAGCAUACUUACGUCCACCUCGUCGGCGGUGUCUGCCAGUGGUAACGUUAAACCUUUUACGAUUAACGGGGGUAGUGGCGCGCCUGGUGGACCCGCGGUUCUCUUGACUACCGCCACCUCGGGCCUCUCCCCCUCCUCCUCGUCGACCGCCUCCUCGGGUGGGUCCGAUCAGUCCCCUCAUCCCAGUGGAAGUUUACCGCCCACGCAGGAGCUCAAGUCUCCGGGACGAGUGUGAUUCCCGUGAACCGAGCACGGACUAAUAUAAAUUGAAAUGUCGAGGGACGGAUCGCCGCGCAGCCGUUCGACUCUGUGUGGUGUGGAUGACAAUAAUAACAGACUACAAUCUUGUAAUUAGUGUACAGUAACUGAACUUCGAAACGAGAUACAUUAAUAAUUGAACCCCGCGUCCCCUCGUCUCCUGGCCCCCCGUCACGAUUCCUAGUCUCUCUGUCUUCGUAAUUUUCAAUUUCGCUUCCACCAAUUCCCGACUCCUUUCUCCUUUAGUUCCUACUCUAUAUCUCUCUCGUCCUCGGUCGCAAGAUAUUUUCUGUUUCUCGCAGGAAAAAGGAUAACGAAUCGUAGACCCGUUUCAUGAUCUUUGUAGCAACAGCGGUUAUCUCGCGGUUUAAAAAAAAAAAAUAAAGAACAGGAGAACUCUAUUCCUAGGCGUGUCUAUUCGGCAAGUAAUAUUAUACGAAAGAAUACUAUAUAUAUAAAUACACGAUGAUGAUAAUAAUAAUAAUUAUUUAUGCGUUUGUAAAUAGUAGAGAGGGCCCAGUAGAGAGCGUCCGGCCAGUGUAUGUAUUGUAUGUAGAGUAGCUACGAUAUUAUUAUUAUAAUAUUUGAGAUCAUAAUUCAUACUAACGACGACGAUGAUGAUGAACAUUAUUAUUAUUAUUAUUCUGAUUAUUAUUAUUAUUCUGAUCAUUAUUAUUGUUAUUGCAAUGUUUAUAAUAUUAUCGAUUCACGUCGACUCGGUCGAUCAUGACGAGGUAUGGAUCGUUGAUCGCUGUGACAGAUUACGGAGGACUCGUUAGAGGGUAUAGAUCUUUGAAAGUCGCAAUCCAAAGUUUAUCAUUUCAUAGUUAUUAGUUAUUUAUUCGAUUCGAGCGAACUCCUUAUCCUCGAGCCGGUGGUUAUUAAUCGUAAUCGACGACACCGUUUCAAGGAAUUUUUCUAUCAUCCUUUUAUUUCGCGCUUUCAUCGAACGCGCCUCGGCUCCGGCCGUAAUCUGGCUGACUUAGAAUUCGCGUUGCGCCCCGCAGUCGCGAGAGGUGUACCGCUCUCGAACCCGAGGAAAGUAGGGUGAAAAUAGGAGAAAAUAAAAAGGCACACACACACAUAGACGUACUAUCGGAGCUGGGAAAAGUCCUUGGUUGUGCGAGGCGCGACGCUCGCAGGGCGCGGCGACUGUCAACAUAUCAUGUCGUGUCGAGAGUGAACGAUCGCCAUCACCUUUUAGUCAUUCGUGUCCAAAAUUCACGCGAGCUCGCUGAUGCCACAUUGGCAGAUGGCUUGCAGACUGUGUCCUUUCGCAAUAAACGAGUCAUUAUAAAAAAAAAAAAA